AUGAUAGCAAAAAAGAGAAAAGUAUAUCUCUGCCUGAUCAUUGGAAUGCAUCUCUUCAACAAGAAAAUAAAUAAGACACCCCAACCUGAUCAGGCAGUAACUGGGGAAGCUAUAUGGGUCCAAAUCCGUGGUAAAUCCAACAAGAAACCACACCUCAUCAUGCAACCUGAACCCAAUAAUCUAGUUCGUGAUUUAAUACUUACUAAGCAACAGAGUGAAGUCUUGACCUCACAUCUGCAACAAUGGAACCUGUUGGAUAAAGAUGCUCAAAUUACAGUGUUCAUGAAGCGUUCUGCAGAUCUACAGCAAUUCUUCACUUUUGAAAACAACUUGACUUAUCAUAAUGACAUCAGAGACCUAUCCAAUGCCCUUGAGCUGAUCUAUGAACCAAAUGAGUGGAGGUUCUUACUGGUCAAGUUCAAUGGAGAAUUUGAUUAUAAAGUUUGGCUUCAUUAUGAAUCAAAACCCUUUGCUGUGGAAAAUGAUGUAAAGCUAGGUGAUCUUGAUGUUGUAACACUUUGCACUGUUUGUAAUACAAAUCUCAAGCAGCUCUCAGGGCCCAAAGACCACUUAUGUGCUCAUACACAGGCAGUAAUAAAGUAUCAGCCAAGUUCUGGCAGCCAAUGCAUUCUAGAUACAAAUGGAAUUAUAUUAGAAAAGUUAACCAAGCACCCCCCCACUAUCAUCAAGAACAAGAACAAAAGAUGUAACAGUACAACAAGCAAGAGAGCUACCACUAACACGGACAGUAGCAUUGACAACAAAAAGGACAUAAGUAGCACCUCUGAAUACAAAAACGUAGAGUUCAUUGUGGUCCGAGAUGAGAGCGAUGAGAAUGGUGCAGAAAAGGAAAUAAUUAUAAAAGCUGAUAGCAGUGGUGAAACUGGUGAUGGUGGCUCUGAUGCUGGUGAUGGUGAUAAUGUUGGUGGUCAUCAUUGGCAGAACGGCAUCAGUGGUACCAACAGUAAAAGCGGUUAUAUCAUUGUUACGUAUGAUUACGGGAACAAUAACGCCAACAACAGAAGCGGUAGCUUCAAAGAUAGCAAAGGUAGUUCUAGCGGGAAACAUAGCGCAAGGGACCACAGCGAUAGAAACAACAACAACAACGACAGCAACAAUAUAAAUGGUGAAAGCAAUAAAAGAAACAUCAACAGUAACAGCAACAACAACAACAGCAACAACAACCACAAUCACAAAAACAUCGUUAUCAGUGAUGACAGUAGGAAUGAGAGCAAAAAUAGUAACCCCAACAUCAACGAACCUAAUAGCAAAAGAAGGAAACACAAAAGCCCCAAGAACAAUGGUAUCAAGAAAACAAAGAAAAGAAUCAUUAAUAGCUUGGAUGAAAUUGUCAGUAUCCACAAAAGAAAUAGUAACAACGAGAACAAUAGUGUUAGCAGUACCAACCACAACAACAGUAAAAAUAACUUUAGGAGGAACAACAGAACUAACUAUACCAAUAAGAGCAAUAACGUUAGAAGCUUUAACAAUUACAGCAACAACAUCAGUAGUACCGAAAGUAGUGGCAGCAGCAGCGGUAGUAGUAGGGGUAAAAUUAAUCAUGAUGGUAACAUUAAUAACUAUGGCAACAACAGUGACACAAGUUUUAGUAAAAGAAUCAAUUCACGAAGGAGAAAACAUAGAAGCAUUAAUAGAGAUGAUGGGGACAUUAGUAAUUUUGCUGCUAGCACCAGUUAUAAACGUUUUACCAUUAACACUGGUAAGAGUAAUGUUAGCAAAAGUGUUGGCAAAAAAGUUAAAACUAAACGAGACCUUCACUUUCAAGCCACACAGGGCAACAAGGUAUCCAAUGAUUGUGAUAGCGCUUCAUCAAUCCAUGGCCAAGACUUGGCGCUGAAAAAAAAUUUGUGUGAAUAUGAAGCGUUCAUACAAACUGUCAUGAAAUGUCGGAAUAUACCAGCUGUGUCAAUUGCUAUGGUGAAAAAUGGUGAGGUUUUAUUAUCCAAAGGAUUUGGACUAGCAGACAGAGAGAAAGGCAUCCGGAAUGACAAGAAUAUAAAAUUCUUCAUUGGAUCUGUCACUAAAGGAUUCACAACAACACUACUUGCAAAGCUGUUAUCAGACACAACUAAUAUUACAUGGGAUACUCCAGUAAAAGAAUACAUCAAAGAUUUUGAGUUUACUGAUGAAGAAAGAACAGACCAUAUGACCCUAAAAGAUAUGCUGAGUCAUCGUACAGGAAUGCCAGGUUAUUUCCAACCAUUAAUAUAUGGAUUUCACAAGAAUGUUACCCGAGCCCAGUUCAGUCGAAUGAUUCGCUAUCAGCCUGCACUAGGAAUAUUUCGAAAUACUUUCAACUACAACAACUACAUGUAUGUUCUUGCAGCUCACAUUGCUGAAAGAAUCACAAAUAAAACAUGGGAAGAAAUGAUCAAGGAUUACAUAUUUGUUCCACUUGGAAUGAAAAAUAGUGGAUUUUCUGAUCAAACUGAAUUUAAUGAAACUUUUGCAAUGCCUUAUGUUGCUGUUCAUGGAAAAUUGAAGAAAACUGGAAUGGAGGUUGUCAGGUCUAUAUACCCUGCUGGACCAGCAGGUUCUAUCUACACUACACCAACAGAUAUGAUCAAAUGGAUAAAAUUUCAUUUGGAACAAAAUACUUCAGGGAAUUCACUUAACAUCCAUCCUGAACGUUUGAAAGAUACAUAUAAACCCAUCAGCCCCAAACCAGUUUUAGAAGAUGAUCUGACGAAACCUAAAUUUCCCAUUGAUGAUGUGUUUGUAUCAUACAACAUGGGCUGGAUAAGUUCUGUGUAUAGAGGUUACAACAGGCUUUGGCAUUCAGGUCUAAUUCCACCUUAUUCUUCAAUGCUCCAUCUCUUUCCUGAUAUAAAUGCAGGUAUUUUUGUUGCAAUAAACGGGCCACUUGGAAGUAAUCAUCGCUAUGGAUUAAAAUCAUUGGCUUGGAGAGGUUCUGAUAUUCUUCUUGGUGAGAAACCUUGGUUAAACACAAGUACCUCUUGCUCAUACCCUAAACCUUGGUAUACAGUUGCUAAGACAUCUCAUGUACAACCUAAAAAAACCGUACAUCUUCAUCGACCAGCCAAAGACUUUUUGGGUUUGUUUUGUCAUAGAGGUUUUGGAAAUAUUACAGUUUUUCUCAAUCAGACCAGCCAAAAACUAAACAUAGAAUUUGGCAGAUAUGGUAAAUUAAGCCUGAGACCUGUUGGCAAGAAUGAAUUCAUAGCAAAAAAUUACGGAGCUCUUUGGUUCUUAACUGAUUCUGAUGAUAAUAAUGAGACGAUGACUGUAAGAUUUUCGGAAAACAGUGAAAAUGAGAUUGAAUCAAUAUUGUUUCCUGUAGGUAAUGAUUUUGUGGUGCCAUUUGUAAAAGAUAUGAAGGAGCCAGUUUAUGUAAGUGUCACUAUGAAGAUGGCAACAUGCUCAGCUGUGAAACAGAAGGAACCACAAGAACACUUGAUGUUUUUCACUACUAUACUCUGCUGUACUGCUUCACUUUUUCUCAGUGGUAUUCAACCAGGAAUAGCGAUAAGUUGAAUAGUCAGUUCACCCUUGUUAGAAUUUUCUAAAUUAAAGAAGUCUGUAUAUAGAAAGUGAUGUAUGGAAUGAUGUAAAAUAUCUGUAUGGAUGGGUGGAUAUGUGUAGAGUAGACAGACAGAAAUAGAAGCAGUCAAAUAUACAGAAGGUGAGAAUAUACAGACAGUUUCCUAGUGAUACACACAGCUGACUGUAGAAAAUAGGUAGAUAUAGGAAGAGAGGGAUAUACUGAAAAUACUAAAAGAUAUAUUGGUAAGAUGCUAGAUAAUCAAAAAUACGGUUAUGUGUGUGUGUGUGUGUGUGUGUGUGUGUAUGUGUGCGUGUAGAUGCAUGUGUGUGUGUGUGUGUGUGCAUACACACACACAUAGAUAGAGAAAGAAAUCAAUUGAUCAGUGAAAAGUGAGAAAACUAGAGAGACAGAAAUACUUAGCAAAAUGGACAGAUAGAUAGAUGAGUGACUAAGUAGAUGGAUAUAACCAGCUAUACUCCUCUCUGAUGAAUUUAAAUAAGGCUGUGUUCAUGACAAAAAAAUUAUCAUUAUCAUCAUCAUCAUCAUCACCAUCAUCAUCAUCAUUAUUAUUAUUAUUUGCUGGGUAAAAAUGCUGGCAUUACAUCUGUCUUCAUGCUCUGAGUUCAAAUUCUGCCAUGGUCAACUUUGCCUUCCAUCCUUUCAGGGUUGGUAAAAUAAGUACCAGUUGAACACUGGGGCCAAUGUAAUCAACUUACCCACAUCCUUGUAAUUGCUGGCUUUGUGCCAAAAUUUGGAAUCAUCAUCAUCAUCAUCCUCAUUAUUAUUAUUAUUAUUAUUAUUAUUAUUAUUAUUAUUAUUAUUAUUAUUAUUAUUAUCAUCAUUAUAAUUAUUGAGGGUGAUGAAUUGGUAGAAUCAUUCUAUCAAUGGAAAAAAAUGUCUUGUCAUAGUUCUUCUUACUCUUUACAUUCUGAGUUCAAAUAUCACCAAUGUCAAUGUUAUCUUUCAUCUCUUUGAGAAUGACAAAAGAAAAUACAAGCUAAAUCUAAUUACUGAUGCUGAUUGUAUCAACUAACCCCUUCCCCUAAAAAAUUGCUGGCCUUGUGCUUAAAUUAUUACCAUUUAUCAUAAUUAUUAUUAUUAUUAUUAUUAUUAUUAUUAUUAUUAUUAUUAUUAUUAUUAUAAAAGCAGUAGAAAGAGUAGAGUGGUAUUUAGUUACAUUCUGUAUCUUGUUAGGAUCAACUUUGCCAUUCGUACUCUCAAGGCCUGACAAAAAAAGUAACAAUUAAGUAUGAUCUAAGUGACUAUACCCCCACCUGCAAAAAUAUGUUGUUUACAUUUUUAUUUCUAGUGUAUGUCACAAAGAAACAGAACUAAUUUUUUUUUUUUUAUUAAGAAAACUGUCAUCCCUCGAUUUUUUUCUUUUUUCCUUUUUGCUUUUGAAGUUCAAGUCAAGUGGAGUCAUGUGUAAAAAGAUGUUUUUGUUUUUUUUUUGUUUUGCACAAGAAUUAAAUGUCUCAAUGUUUGGGUCAACUAAAUAAGAUUAUAAUUUUUCAAAAUAUCAACCUCAUCUCUGGAGUUAAAAUAUUUUCCAAUAUUUACGUCAGCAUUACAUUUUGAUCAGUUUGAUCUCCAUUUGUUAUAAAGAGUCUUUAUUACUGAAUGUGCACGUAAGUGCCAGAACAGAUUUAAAUGUGGAACCUUUACUUCCAAACUUAAAGUUAAUUGAAAAUAUCUAAAUAUUUGAGAUGGACGUUAGUGAGAGGCUAAAGAUUCUUUUCUAAUGUUUAUAAAUAUACUAUAUUUGGAUUGGUUCGAUCACUGAUCAAUAUCAUAUCAAUAAAAUGUUAUCUCUCUCUC